ACCAUCCACGCAUCUUCAUCAUCAUGGCGUCGGCGCUCAAGUCCAACUGGAAGCGCAAUUUGCUGCUCUUCAACGGCGUCGCCCUCGGCGUGCCGGGCGCGACGGCUGCCUACUUUGUCUACAACCUCCGGCGCGACGUCGAGUUCCGCGAGCACUUUCAGGACAAGUACCCGGACCUCCUCGAUGCGAUCCAUGAGUACGUGCCCAUCUACCCGGCGCCCGAGACGCGCACCGACAUUGGCGACGCCGACCCGACGAUGGACUCGGCCUCAGCUGACAAGACGCCAGUGAAGGCCGUCGUGCGCCUCGCCUCUGGCAAGACGGUCGCUUUCGAGGUAUCGCCGGACGUGACGAUGGCGGCUGUCCACGAGCAGGCGCUGGCCGGCCACGCCCACGACCGCGUCGCCGCCGUCGACUUUGUCGAUGUCCAGGAACCCGUCGUGACGGCCGCGCCCUCGACGCCGGCUGCGUCGCAACCCAAGCUCCGUCCGGGCGAGCCCGUGCCGCAGUCGACGUGGCCGUCCCAGUAUACGCCUCGGAGCGCCCGCGCGUCGAUGCAGACGGCUGCGCUUCAGAUCGAGCUCGACCAGCUGCGCCUGAAGCAGCAAGCGCUGCAGCUCGAGAAGCGCCAAGGCUUCCGCGAGAUUGACGCGAUUGACGCCGACCUCGCGCGCGUCGAAGAUCAGAAAAAGGUGCUCAAGGCGCAGCUGCCGCGGAAGAAAUGGCUUCGCCUCUUUUAGCUUAGCACUUGACCAGCAAUCAAGAGGUUUCUCGGUUUCCCGACCCUCC